AUGAUGAUGAUGACGAUGUACUUCCAUUUCCGGAUUGGGGACCCGAUCCUUUUCGAGCAGUGGGUACCUGGGAAUACGACAGGCUAUGUCUUCUCCUGUCUGGCCGUCGGGGCGAUGGCUGUAUUUUUCGAGUUUUUGAAGCUUGGGCGGUUGGCGCUGGGGAAAGAGGUCGACGCAGAUUGCGCGUGCACGACCUCGCUGCUGAAUUGCCCGUGCGACACGGCGACGGCAAGCGGUUCGGAUCGCUCGACAGCCCAACUUGUACGCCAGGAUACUAUUAACUACAAAAAGAUAUUCGGCGACGGGCGGCACGUCAUCAACUCAUUGACCAUGGUUUUUCAAGCUUUUCUCGGCUAUUCCCUUAUGAUGGUUUCCAUGACGUAUAAUGUACCAUUGGUGGCUUCAGUCGUCCUGGGUCAUACGGUAGCUUUCCUAUUCAUCGGCCCGUUGAUCAACACCAAGGAUCACGAGCGCAUCGGGGAGUGCUGUUCA